AUGGAUAAGUUUUGCUCAGAAAUACUGCGAAGGAGUGUUCACCAGGCACUUGCAUCUGCGGGUUUCGAAAAGAGCUCAAAAUUAGGUGGCGAAGUUUUCGCCGAUGUCUUGAAAGAUUACCUGCUAUGUCUGGGAAAAUCUGCACAUGAAGGUGCUAUAAGAUCUGGAAGAACGAAAACAACUUCUACCGACGUUUUGGCUGCAUUCGAAGAUUUUGGUAUCAGAAUUGACGAAUUGAAAGAAUGGUCACAGACUGACGGCAAGAUUCUUGGAAAGUAUACCGGACCAUUACCUCAGCCUAAGAUUAUGGAAGGUUUACUAAGAAGUGGACUACCAGGUUAUUCAACGAAUGAGUUUAGUGAUUUACCGACUACUGAGAUCAAAGAGGCUAGUGAUUUUAAGUCGAAUGUCAAUCCAGUUGAUUCCAAUGAAAUGCAAGUUGAUACUAUCCGAAAGUCACAUGAAAUCAUUUUUAAUGAAGUAGUUGACAAAAAUAAUGAACCCGAGGAUUCUAAAGGGUUACAGAUCGAAGCUACUAACGAACAUUUAGUUGACUCUAGUGUUGUUUUACAAUCUUACACUCGACCAUUACGUCCUUCAUAUGUUCCAGAAUGGCUUCCUCCAUUCCCUGAAGUUAAACCUCAACAAGACGAAAGACUUGAAUAUGAGACUGAUGACGCAUUAAAGAAAUCUCCGGAAAUUAGCUCAAAUGAAGCUAUAUCUCAAGAUACUACAUUAGAAAUCCAUAAAGAUGAUGAGAAUUCAGUGAAAUCAAAUCUAGUUUCAUGUCAAGAUAAAAGUCUUAAAACGACACGCCGUAAAAGAUCUCUAGAUCAGCGACCGCCAACUUAUGAUAUUGCAAAUGUUUUCAAUUCAAUCGCACCACCAAAAGUACAAACUCAAGAAUUGUCAUUUGAAUCUUCAUUUGAAUCUCCAAAAAAGAAACGCAAACUUAAAAUCAUUCCGUCAUCGUUGAUUCCGUUUCAUGCUGUCGGUGAGAUAAGUCAAGACGGAAUCGCCAAUCAGGAUGUAACUAGCUUAACUAAAUUGAUGUCUUCUACAGUUGGUCCACUUAAGCUACUUAAAGAAAGUCAAACAAAAAAGCCUUCUAUUGCGACUCGCACGCGAAGUGAUAAUGAAAUACAUGUGACAAAUAUUUCAAGUUUAUCUGAAAUUAAACAACCACAAGUUAAACUUCCUGUUUCGCGAAAAGGGAAGGAAAAAAUGGUAGAUGCUUCGGAUUUCCGAGAGACUACGCCACUAAAUUCUUCUCGACCAAGACCACCAACCGCUAUUAGGCGUGGGUCAAAGGUUAAACUCGGAAAGUCAAUUACAAAACCUGUUAUUGUGCCUGCUGAUAAACCAGCUUCAGCUUCAACGACUGGUGCGACAAAACUUAGGAUUCGUCUUGGAAAGGUAUCUCCGAUUGACGUCGUUGCUCCCGCUGCUUCUCCUGUAGCAUCAACCUCGUCAGUACAAUCACAACUCGUUGUUAAUAAUCCGUCCAACGUUGGUGUUGCCGAUCCGCCUGAAGUCAUUAAUUGCAUUUGUCCAUAUCCAUUUUCAGAAAUUGACGAUGGAAACUUUAUGCUUUCGUGCGACGGUUGUCAAGUUUGGUUUCACGGCAUAUGCACUGGUUUCGGUCCUAGCUAUGUUGAAGUUGAUACCUGGUAUUGUGAACGAUGUCGUGCUCGUGGUGUGGGUAUAUCUUAA